AACAUCCCUACACUUUGUCAAGUGUUGAAGUUACCGCAUAGCACUACCACGUCAACACCUCAAGCUCAAGCUAUCGAACCAGUCGAGGAAGCAGCUGUAGGGUGCUCAUCAGGAGUUGUCACUCUAGAUGAUUUCGCUAGUGAUGAUGAUGAUGAUGAUGGCGAAGAAAUGAACGCCACUCAACCGCCUGCUCUAUUGAAAUCUGAAAUUGUGACGGGCCCUGCCACAGCUGUUGAUCUGAAUGGGAACAAAGACAACUCAAAUACUGAAAACGAACGUCCAAGCUCUUCUUGUACAAGGUCUUCGAGUGAUGUUGUGCUACAAUCUUCUCCUUCUAAUGAAGCCAGCGAUGAAGUUGGGGACAUCACGAUACAGUUUCCUUUCGAUUCAAUUCCCUGUGAAACUAAUGGUUGCCCCUCUGCUGAUAAUAAUAUGGAUACGCUCGAUCAAAAAGCGCUGGUUGUGAGUGUUUCGCGGUUGAGUUGCCUCGAAGAUGAAAAGGUAGUAAGUGACUUUAUCAAAAUGUUCCCACAAGUUCGAUACGAAGAGGAUGUUACAUGUUCCUCUACUCAUCUCGUUAUGAUGAAUUCUAAUCAGAGAUUAUGCCAACGGCGAUCUCUUCGCUACGUCUUUGCCGUGGCUCGGAAAUGUGAACUGCUUGAUCGCUCGUGGUUGGAAGAAUCGAUAAAGGCGCAGCGAUUACUGUCCACCGCGCAACAUGUACUGGCGUGCGAGACCCCAGACGAAGAACCUGGAUGGAUCCGUGCCAGACAGACUACGCAGCCGCUGUUCGGUCAAAUGGGCUUUUUCCUUCCAAAGACAUUCUCCCAUUCCAAGAUGCUACCUCAUGAGAAACUCAAGGAGCUUAUUACUUUGUGUGGGGGCACGUGCUGUGACAAACCAUGGGAGCUUGUCAGCUUCAAGAUCGCAUAUACCAUCUUCAUGUCGAAUUCAACAGAAUGGGACGCCGCACGUCGAUAUGAAGCGAGCAUGAAUGGUGUCCCUGUGCUUGUUGCGGACUGGAUAUUGGAUUCGAUUGCAGAGUUUCGUGUCAAGCCCAUAGAACCGUAUAAAAUCCAACGAAAGCAUUGA